AUGCUAUUGCUUGUUCUGGUGAGUAGUGGUGGUGGCCCUGGUGUUGGUGCUGGUGCUUGUGCCAAUGCUUUUGCUGGUGCUGCUGAUGCUGGUGCUGGUGCUGUUCUUUGUUCUGGUGCUUGUGCUGGUGCUUUUGCUGAUGCUGGUACUGGUUCCCGUGCUAAUGCUGGUGCUUAUUUUGAUGCUGGUGUCUGUGCUGGUGCUGAUGCUGUUUCUGGUUAUGUUGCUUGUGCUGGUGCUUAUGCUGGUUCUUAUGCUGUUGCUUUUACUGGUGCUGGUGCUUGUGCUUAUGUUAGUUCUGGUGCUGGUGCUUCUGCUAGUGCUAGUGCUGGGGCCUACGCUGGUGCUGGUGCUGCUUCUGGUGCUGGUGCUGCUUCUGGUGCUGGUGCUGCUUCUGAUGCUAGUGUUGGUGCUGGUGCUUGUGCUGGUGCUAGUGCUGGUUCUGGUGCUAGUGCUGGUGCUGGUGAUGGUGCUUCUGCUCUUUCUGGUGCUGUUGCCUGUGCUGUUGCAUGUACUGGUGCUGGUGCUAAUGCUGGUACUGGUGCUGGUGCUGGUGCUUGUGUUGGUGCUUGUGUUGGUUUUUCUGCUCGUACCAAUGCUUGUGCUGGUGCUUGUGCUGGUGCUUGUGCCGGUGCCGGCUUUUGUGCUUAUUCUUGUGCUGUUUCUUUGUUCUAG